AGGGAGGUUGCUUGAUAGCGGAAGUGAGCGCUAUCAACACUUCCCACUGGAGUCUGGACGAUAAAUACCGUUGGAUGCUAGCUAUGAUUUUGUUAGGUUGCCUACUUUUAAACACUAUUGAUGUAUAAACUGAUGCAUCGUUUUCAUUGGUAUUAAUUUAAUGUUAUUUUGUAUACAUCGGUAAGCUGGAGAUCUUGAAAAGAAAAUGGAUGAGAGGGAGACUGCAAGGGAUGGGUGAGAGGGAGACAGCUAGGGAUGGGUGUCAGGAAGCGUAGCUACUGAACCAAGAGACCCUCCCUCUUUCACCUUCACAACUAUCUAUUCCUGCACUGGCCUGGGUGAUCCAUUUCACUUGUUCUGCAUUGUCAGAUAUGGGAGGACUUACUAAUGUGGAAGACCGAAACCUGACCUAGAAAACAGUUCAGCAUUUGACUGAUAUUGGACUCCCAUACAAGACCACAGAAACCCUCUACAUUCUAUUCACAUCAUAGGCCAACUCCAAAAGUCGCUCUUCACUUCUUUCAUUCUAUCAUUCUAUAUCAGUUAAUCUCAAUAUCAACUAUUGUGGAACUCAAGUUUUCCGUUGUUUCUAUUUAUUUUUUACUUAUUUUUUUUACUUUCACUUUUUGUUCCUUUGUAAAGAAAUGCUUUACCUGAAAAAGUACUUCACAGAGGGCCUGAUUCAGUUCACCAUCCUCCUGAGUCUCAUUGGGGUGCGGGUAGACCUGGACACCUACCUGAGCAAUCAACUGCCCCCACUGCGAGAGAUCAUCCUAGGCCCCAGCUCGGCCUACACCCAGACGCAGUUCCACAACCUCCGCAACACGCUGGACGGGUAUGGCAUCCAUCCCAAGAGUGUGGACCUCGACCAGUUCUUUACCACCCGCCGGCUGCUGAACCAGGUGCGCCAGCUAGAUCGCCUGUCAGUGCCCAGUCCAGAACUGAGCACGUGGCUGGUGCACCGCGACCCUGAGACUGUGGUGUCCGCCGCCAGCCAGCCCAGCCCCAGCAUCACCCUGGACAAUGGGACCGGCCUGGAGGACGUGAACAACUCCGAAGCCCCGGCCAUGAGGGGGGGCGGCGGAGCGCCUGAGUCCACCUACAAUCUGAGUGGAGAGGACCGAACCCUGGGAGCUGUGGCCCCCGAGGAUAGCCAGGAGCAGGGCAACAGGGAGGGCAACGCUGACCUCACCAAAGAGGACAUUGAUUUGAUUGACAUCCUGUGGCGACAGGAUAUCGACCUUGGCGCAGGACGGGAAGUGUUCAACUACAGCAGCCGCCAGAAGGAGAGCGAGGCGGAGAAACCCAGCCCAGAGGAGAAGAAGGAAGGGACAGAGGCACAGGAGAGCUGGAGGAACGGAGUGAACCUUCAAGAGGCUCAGCCUGUGGAUGGAGAGACAGGGGAGAGCAUACCAGAGCAGCUCACAGGCCUUGGCUCUCAGACUUCACUGUCUCUGCAGGAAUGCCUGAGGCUGCUUGAGGCCACCUUCCCUUUCGGAGAAGAAUCUCCUGAGUUUGUAGCCCCUGUAGUCACUGCUGAGCUUGCAGUGGCCAAUGAAGAAGCUCCAUCCACAUCUCAGGGGCUGCCACUGCCUCCUCCGUUGCCCCAGCCUGUGCCCCAGUUGGACCUGGAGCAGCAGUGGCAAGACAUCAUGGCUAUCAUGGAACUACAGGAAAUGGAGGUUAACAACACCUCUGAGAACUCCUUCCUCAGCACUACUUCCAACAGUGCCAAUACCAGUGGCAGCACAACUGAGUCAGGCUCGGUUGAAAGCUUUGUACUUACUCGUUCCUCCACCCUUAUCCACCAAGAUGUCAGCCUUCACCAGGCCUCCCUCCCUAGCUGCAGCCAGGAUUUUCCCACGCUUUUCAAUCCAGAGAUUGAUGGCACUAGCACCCCACGCCCUCCCUUACUUAGAAUGUCCUCCAGCUCCAACUCCUCCAGCGUCAACUCUACAUUCGGAGCCACCAACCUGACUGGACUCUUUCUCCCACCGCCUCUAAACAGCACCAACAACAUCACUUCGACCCCAGUGUUGCCUGACCCCUUCAGCAGUCUGCUGGAGGAGUCAAUGCUGGAUGAGAUCAGCCUGCUGGACCUGGCGAUGGAGGAGGGCUUCAAUCAGGCCCAGGCCUCUCAGUUGGAGGAUGAACUCGACUCAGACUCAGGCCUCUCCCUGGACUCCAGUCACAGCCCGGUCUCCCCGAGCAGCUCUGAGACCUCCUGCUCCUCUGCCGCCUCCUCCUCCUCCACCUCUGCCACCUUCUCAGAGGAAGGGGCUGUGGGAUACAGCACUGACUCUGAGUCAGUCACCGUGGAACCAGAAGGUGCUGUGGGGGGCUACCAACCCGAAUUCAACAAGCUCUGCCGCAUGAGCUAUCAAGACCCUUCCCAGUUCCAUGGGCUCCCUCAGCUCGACAACAUCAACCACAAUCACACUUACAAUUUACCACUGUCUUCCUCAUUAGAUGAACACCCAGAGCUACCGAUUCCCACUGGCAAGAAAAUGGGCCGCGAGAAGCAGUCGAAGCUUCAGCCCCAACAGGACUUCCUGGACAAACAGUCGAGUCGCGACGAGCGCCGGGCUCGGGCCAUGAAGAUCCCCUUCUCAAAUGAGAAGAUCAUCAAUCUGCCUGUAGAGGAGUUCAACGAGCUUCUGUCCAAGCACCAUCUGAGCGAGGCCCAACUGGCCCUCGUUCGCGACAUUCGUAGACGUGGCAAGAACAAGAUGGCGGCCCAGAACUGCCGGAAGCGCAAGCUGGAUACCAUCAUCAACCUUGAGCAAGGGGUGCACGACAUGCGUCGUGACAAAGCGCGACUUCUGAAGGAGAAGAUGGAGUUUAUUCGCUCCAUCCGUCAGAUGAAGCAGAAAGUGCAAAGCCUCUACCAGGAAGUGUUCACCCAGCUUCGGGAUGAGGAAGGCCGGCCCUACCCCCCCAGCGAGUACUCGCUCCAGUAUAGCGCCGACGGCAGCGUUCUGAUCAUGCCCCGCAACAUGACAGAUCAGCAGACCCGUAAGCCCGACAAGAAACAAAAGGACAAAAAGAAGUGAGGAGGAAGCUGCUGCCCUUUCUUUAAUUUUGCUAAAAUCACUAAGAACGAUUUCUGCAGACGCAAGA